AAUGGAUGGAGAAAGAAAAUCAACAUAUGGCUAGAGUUAGAUUGCAUGACAAUGCAUGAUCACUUUGGUAGGAAAGCAACUAGCAAAGGCCUUGUUUUACAAACAUGGGCAGGCUCAAUUCUAAACAAGCAUCAGUUUCCAAAAGACUGGAUGGAAUCUGUCAGAGUUUUAGUGCAUAUUGGGUAA